GGCCACGUGGAGCUGCUCCAGCUGCUUCUGGCGAACGGGGCCGACCCUGGCUGUGCAGAUGGCGAGGGUCGUACUGCAUUGCACCUCACAGCUGCAGGGAACUUUGAGCAGGCUCUCAGACUGGUGCUUGAGCAUGGCGCGCCCCUGAACACGCGCACCAGCGCUGGCGUCACCCCUCUGCAAUGUGCUGCUAUCGCGGGUGCGGCAAGCGCUUUGCGGGUCUUGGUCAAUGCAGGGGCCGCAGUCAACAACCAG